UUCAGAACUUUUAGCUAAUAUUCAAUUAAUUUACACCUAACUCGCUAAAUUCAUGAUGACUUUUGCAACAAUGAUUACCGUGUUUGUGAUUUUGUUCGCGUUCAAUAUCACAAGCGGCAGAAGGUUGGACACUUGGGACAAGAUGCCUGAGAAGACCGUGCAAUGUUUUCUUGAUUGUGAGAGACCUGAUAGUUGUUAUCAACUAGAAGAAUUGUUCAACUAUGCGUAUGAACGAACUGAGAAUUGCACAGAAUGCUUGCAUGAAAAUAAAUGCUCUGAUGUUCAUUCGCCAUUCUUUCAUGAUUGCGUUCUUCAUUCUCAUUCAAAAUGUUUGGAUACUUGUGACCUCACAAUAGAAGCAGCUCUACGGUUACAAACAUGCCAUAACUGCAGAAGAAACUGUAUGGAACCAGACCUUGAGAUAUUGUUGGAAGUGACAUCGAAUUGCCUGGAAGGAUGCAAAAGCAAGUAUUCAUGCGCUCCUGAACCUGAUGCGAUCUGCAACCACAAGAUUCUUGAGAGAUGCCACGGUCGAGGACCUGCUUGUUACGUACACGCUCGCUGUAAGAUUCCAGAGUGCCCUCCAGUGGAUGAUUGGAGAAGUAUGAUGAAAUGUAAAAGAUGUUACAGAGAAUGUGGAACAGGCAUUACUGGAGGACCAGGAACAUAUUUUGUCAGCGAAGGAUUGAAAUUUAUCAAUGAAACAACGGCGAUGUAUAUCGAUGAAGAAUAUUGGAGAAAAUAAUCAAAACCCAAGGCCUAAACCAAUUUAUUGUCAUUUCUCUGAUUUCUCGGACAAGCUUACGAUAGUCCAACCCUAUUGCAGAUCUCUGAAAUAGACUUGAAGUAGUCAAACCCAAUCGAUGCCAUAAAAAAUUGUAACCUUGAUAUCCCUUCCUUUUUUAAACUUGAGCUUGACAAAUUCAAAAUCUGAAUUUGAAUCCAAACACCCUCACUAAUAAUUCGGUUGGGAGAAGAGUUGGAAGUUUCAAAGAAAUAAAAAAUAUUUUCUGCACCCAUUUUAUUGCACCUUAAAUUGCACCCUCAUGUUUUUUAUUAAUUAUUUUCAGUGGUAUAAUUUUUUAAUGCUUUUUUAUUAAACUUUUAUUGCAUUUACUACAUUCAUUUUUAGCGAUUACUUUCACAUAAAUUUCUUCCCAGAGCAUUUCUGAGAGUGAUUUUUAUUUCUCGUUGUUUUUAUUCUUUUUUAAAAUCUAAAUAAACAUCACAAACAUUAGCUUGA